AUGGAUGUUGAACGUCGCAACAUACUAUUUGUACUUGAGAGGUGCAUCGCGAAGCUUCAUGACCUACUUUCUGACCAACAUCAAACUGCCAUAAUAUUUGAUGAUGAAAGCGAAGAGCCGUAUUCGCCGACCACGGAGGUCUUAUCCCAACUACUCAAUGCUCUGGAGUGCGGACUGUGUCAUGGCGUGGUUUGUAAGCGUGCGCGAAACCAGGAUUCGGAUUCCUUUUUCCACUUGACAGGUUUUUCGGGCACAGACAGUUUGCUUGUCUGUGCUAUAGACCCAUGGACAGUUAUUUGCCGUGCAACAUCUCCCCUUGUCAGGGGCCGAUCACUCAUUAAUGAAGUUGAGGAAAUUGACGAGGUGAAAACAGGCCUUGGGAAGGCGCGCCUUUGGCUGAGGAAAGCUCUGAUGAGUAAGGUACGCUAACUGUUUUCAUAUCAUGAACUUGCACACUUUACAGUAGAAAAACCAUAGUAAUCAGUCGAACGUUGCUUACUGUACAGUUUACACUCUCAGCGAGAGUUCCUACGAUGAUUUGUCGAUUUCAAUGCUGCUGCAUGAUUUAAUUGCAAGGGAUUCGGUUUUUCACUAGCAGCCUAUCUUCCCGCAUGCUGUUUGUAAUAUAACCCCGGUUAAGGCAUAUCUUUACACGACUUUCUUUAAUGGGAUUCAACUAAUAUGUAGGGCAAUUUAUGGGGUGGGCGAAUCGGUUAUUAGCAAGCCAGUCAGUAUCGGUCAGUAUAUAUGGAGUAAAUGACAGAAACCCUUUCAGCUCCAUUUAAACGGCACGGACGUGAAUGGAAAAUAGUUAGAGUGGAAACAUUUUACAUAGAGUUUUGGUAUGCAGAAUGCAUAAAGCUAGUGGUCGGACAUAAAUGUGAAAAAGGUGUGGCAUUUGCGAAAUAACGGUGAAAAAACCACCCAACUCAUUCGCACUGUGAACAUUUUCAUCUGGUCACAAGAGGAUCCGUUGAAUUCACGUUGGUAGUAUGUUGAUGGCCAUUUUAGUAGCCCACUGGGGCGGGCUUGGGGAGUUCAGGUUGCCGUUUAACAGGUAAUUAUCCAGAUGUCUCUUGAACACGCUCUCGGUAGGGGAAUUCGCAACAUAGGUCGGCAAAGAAUUUCACUGGCGAGUGACUUAAAGAGAAGAAGAAAGGACGUUGAUUUGUGUGGCACAGUUCUUUUUUAAACUGGCAAUCGUGCCGCCUAAGAUUAGUCUUUAGUGCUAUUUCAAAAGGACUUUCCCAGUCGACAUCCAGAUCAAGUCUUCUUAGCAGCUGAAACAUUGCUAUGAGGUCGCCUCUGUCCUGCCUACAGCGGGAGGAUAGAGAUUCAAGGCCGUCAGGCGCUGCUCGUACGGAAAAUUUUUGAGUUCAUGAACAGCCUUUGUAGCACUUCUCUGUACACCAAGAACAUCAAUAUCCUUUCGAAACCACGGCGGUCAAGCUUGUACCGCGUAUUCCAGGUGCGGCCGCAAAUUGUCCCAUACACCUUGCCGGCAAGGAGGUCUUUGGAAAGACCUCCAUUUAAAUUAAUGAACGUUCUUCGUAUCGCGUUCAUUAUUGGCAUUGCUCGCGCUGCGACUUUAGAACACUGCGUGGUGACGCUUAAGUCGUCUUUAACGAAUAUGCCAUGAUCGUUUUACACAUCUACGGUUUCGUGUGCAUGAUCGUCCAGGAGAUACUGUCGUGAGGGUGCAUUUCUUCUUCGCUUUGCUGAUACUAUUUUCAGUACCACACAUUUUUGACGUUGAAUUUCAUGCACCACUUCUCGUUCCACGCGUGCAAAUUUCUACGUCGUCAUGUAGCAUUUUGGUGUCUUUGUCAUAUUUUACCGUCCACAGUUUAAGAUCACCCGCAAAGAGCGCCAUGUCCGAUUUCACUUCCCGUACUAGAUCAUUUGCAUGGAUGAUGAAUAGGAGGGGCCCAAGAACUGACCCUUUUGGGACUCCACCGUUAACAGGCGCUCACCCUGAGCAGUAGCCACCCGCGGUAACUUUUUUGUCUGCGACCGUUUAACAAAUCUUGAAUCCAGUUCAAGAGAUUCCCUCAUAUCCGUACGCCCGACAACUUUUGAACGAGUGGUGUAUAUGGAAAGCAAUAAAACGCCCUGCCGAAGUCAGAGUAGGUGGCAUCUACUGGAUGUCCUUCAUCCAUAGCCUUUGACCAAUGUUCGAUCGACGUAAGCAGGUUUGUGAGACAGGACCUCUUUUUACAGAAACCAUGUUGAACUGAGCUGAUGUCACAACGAAUGUAUCGAGCGGUGUAAUUGAUUAUUUAACUAUCCUCUCUAUCCGCCUGCAGCAAAUGCAUGUCAGACUUACCGGCCGGUAGUUGGUGGGGCAUGGCCAUGAUCCUCCCAUGUGGAUAGGUGCGACGUUUGCCAACUUCCAUGUGUCAGGUAGUUUGCCAGCUUUCAGCGAUCUUUGGAAGAUUAUACAGAGUGGUUCUGCUAAUUCUUCAACCAGUUGGCAUAGGAGUACACCUGAGAUCUCAUCUGGUCCAGGUGAAUUGGCCGGAUCCGGCUUAUUUAACGCUAAAAGUAGGUGCGAUGUAAAUAAUACUGUUUUAGGGUCACCAGAUAUCAUACUAGCAGCACAGGUACUCGCUGAUGAGUUGCUUUCUGGUAGAUAAUCCAGUUAACAAAUUGUUGCUUUUUAAUUUCCUCAGAAAUUAACUGCGAACUUGGAGUAGAUCAGUAUGCGCUAAGGUCUAUAGGCGCAGACCGAAAUUUGGUGCAUGAAUAUUUGGUCCAAAGUCCAUCAGCCACAGCGGGAUGACCGCGUGAUAUUCAUUAACUGCCAACAUGCAGCUAGUAGUAUAUUUUAGGGUCAGAAGAUGCCAUACUAGCAGCACAGGUACUCGCAGAUGAGCUGAACUGCGCAGUUGUAUUUUGCAGUAGCAGGAAAAAACUAACAAAUUAGUGUCGAGAUUCUUAGUUGAUGCUUGUUUUGCGUACAAAAAGUGCAAGUGCUCGUCUGUGUGUGUAUUUUCGGCAGUUUUUCCGCAUUAUUUAUAAACACUUUGUAGAAGAUAACGACUUUCUUUCUCGAAUAACAUAAUUUAUGGAUUCUCGAAAUUUUAGUAUCUAGCAAAUUUUCGCAACAUGAUCUUCGUUUUUGGAAGUCUAAAAAAUAUGCGUACCACCUAGUGUGUGUUUUAUGACGGAUAGGCCCACUGGAACCCUGGCGCACCGUGUCCGAAAAAAUGGGCGACCAUCAAUGAACUCUCGCCGGCAGUUAGUCUUGUGAUUCUGAUUUUUGGGUUAUUCCACCAACCCCACCGAUGCAUGCCACAGUUUGACUUAAUCUGGACCAUUAUGACAGUAAUCAACUUGAAUCCUUGCUUAUUUAAGUGUUUCUUUCUACUCAGGGGCGUAUAUGCGCAUUUUAUCGUUGGUUGAUGGGUUCUGAUGCCUGUUGUACAUCAAUGUGAACUUCUAAUUUGUUUUUUUGUAGAAUCUUGCCUAUCUCUUGAGUUGUCUUAUCGAGCAUAACGAUGCGAACAAAAUGCCCUCAAAAGAGCCAUCUGAGCCCUCGAAUUGUAAAGGAAAUGCUACAAACCCCAAUGGCAGCCAAAUUUCCCGUUUUUACGCCAGCGGUUCUCUGCUCACCUCAGUGGAUGGUCGGCGAUUCGUCGCGGCCCUUGCGGAGAUCGAUCCGAUCGACUUCUGUUUUCCUAUAAAAGAUAACCUUGGCAGGUUUGAUCGACCCGUGAGUCCUGCGAACGCAGAUAUUCUUACUCCAGUUUGUUGAUAAAGCAGCGAGACAGACUCAGUGUCCUAGCAGUUACCCUCAUAUUCCUUAGUGUAGGAGCUAUUGGUUUGCAUCUUUCUGUUCAGUACAUAAGAGAUGUGGUUAAAAUGUCACUAACGUGCUUAUUUGUGUGUAUUUAUUGUUACUGCCUAGCUACAUCCAAUCGAUUAUGAAGCAUGCUUCCGAGCAUUCUCAACAGAAUCCCCUACUGCCACAUUCAUCCCAUUGUGA